GGCGCGCCCUGCUCGCCCGCUGCCGCGCGCCAGUCCCGCCGGGCCACUCUAGCUGCCCCUUUCCUUCCAUCCUCGCGGAGAGCAGGGAGAAAGGAAGCCGACAGUGUUUCCCGCCGCUCGUGUCCGGAUUUUGCAGCCGCCGAGAACUUCACCCCAGGUCGGCAAGUCGGGCAGCGCGGCGGAAGAGGAUGAGGAUGCUGCUACUGCUGAUGCCGCCGCGAUGUACUGCGCUCGGGUGAGGCGAGCAGCAAUCCGAUGAGCGCUUGCCCAGAGGCUGCACGAAGAAACUUCCCGUCAGAUUUAGCCCCGAUACGAACGCUUUUAUAUUUUUUUCUUCAUUCUGCCCCUUACCCCUCAUCCCGCGACGGGGCGGACGGCUUGGCCGAUCGGGCCAGUGGGAAUUCUGAGGGCUUUCGUUUUUCUUUUUAGCCUCCCUGCAAGUAACGGAGGAAUCUGCUGCGUUUGUGGAGCCCCCUCCUCUGUCUUCCUGCGUUUCGUGCAUGUGCUACUAGAGCUGCUCCGACCGGGGUUGGCAGUGUAGCGCCUCUCCUCCGCCCCCUUGCUCCUCAUCCCGCCUUCCUCUCUUGUUCAUCGCUCCCUGUCUUGCCGAGGACCUGGCCCCUCCGCCGACGCCCGGGAGCGUGGCACUCCCGGAAGACUUUCUCGCGCCCCCUCGGCUUCCUACAGUCCCUCCGCGGACUGUUCCACUUUCCCCGGGUGGAUUUUCCUCUCUUGGCGAGAGGCAGAAGUGGGGAGAGCAGUUGUCUCCGUAUAAGGUUUCCGGCUUUAGGAUUGCAUCGGCAACUUGCAAGCCCGAGAAAAGAUACUCUCUCGAACGGCGGGCUGGCCGCCGCGCUCGCCGCGCUCCCCGCCCCGUCGGGUCCAGUCGUGCCGCGACCAGGCACUGUGGGAGCCGCCCACCGGCCGCAACGCUGCCAGAGGUGCGCGGAGCUCUGUGACCGUCCGGAGUGCGGCCCGUUCGUCUCUGGGCACCCACAGUUCUCCCUGGAACAACAGCAACAAAGGGCGCCGCAGUCGAAGGAUGUCACGGCGGCGGGGACAUUGAGCGGCGCCUUGCUCUCACUCUUGCCCGCAGCGGAAGGAAGGCGGCCGGCGGGUGUCGCCACUCCUACCCGCUCGGCGCCCUGGGUGUGAAGCCUUGAGAGGGCAGGGGGCUUUUCGCGAGAAACGUACUGCGAGAGAACUCCGCCACGGCCAGAGCCAUGUUUCCCCAGAGCCGGCAUCCCACCCCGCACCAGGCUGCAGGACAGCCUUUCAAAUUCACCAUACCGGAGUCGUUGGAUCGCAUCAAGGAGGAGUUCCAGUUCCUCCAGGCGCAGUACCACAGCCUUAAAUUGGAAUGUGAGAAACUGGCAAGUGAAAAGACAGAAAUGCAGAGGCACUAUGUGAUGUAUUACGAAAUGUCGUAUGGAUUAAAUAUUGAAAUGCACAAGCAGACAGAAAUCGCCAAGAGAUUGAAUACAAUAUGUGCACAAGUCAUCCCAUUUUUGUCUCAGGAACAUCAGCAGCAGGUGGCCCAGGCUGUAGAACGUGCCAAACAAGUGACCAUGGCUGAACUGAAUGCCAUCAUCGGGGUACGUGGCCUUCCAGGUCUACUUCCUACACAGCAGCAGUUGCAGGCUCAACAUCUCUCCCAUGGCCAUGGACCUCCAGUGCCUCUAACACCGCAUCCAUCAGGACUUCAACCUCCAGGGAUUACUCCACUUGGGAGCAGUGCUGGCCUUCUCGCCCUUUCUAGUGCUUUGGGUGGGCAGUCCCACUUGGCAAUAAAAGAUGACAAGAAGCACCAUGAUGCAGAACACCAUAGAGAGAGAGAGCCGAGCACAAGUAAUUCUCUAUUGGUCCCAGACAGUCUGCGAAGCACAGAUAAACGCAGGAAUGGCCCUGAAUAUAACAAUGACCUCAAAAAGAGAAAGGUGGAUGAUAAGGAUUCCAGCCAUUAUGACAGUGAUGGGGACAAGAGUGAUGAUAACUUGGUUGUAGAUGUAUCCAAUGAGGAUCCUUCUUCCCCACGGGCAAGUCCCACUCAUUCACCACGUGAAAAUGGUAUAGAUAAAACCCGUCUGCUAAAGAAAGAUGCCUCUAGCAGUCCAGCAUCUACGGCCUCUUCAGGAAGUUCCACUUCCCUCAAAUCCAAAGAAAUUAGUCUUCAUGAAAAGGCCAGCACGCCUGUUCUGAAAUCCUGCACACCAACUCCUCGAAGUGAUGUGCCAACCCCAGGCACAAGUGCAACUCCAGGACUUCGUCCAGGCCUUGGCAAGCCUCCAACAAUGGACCCUCUGGUUAACCAAGCUGCUGCAGGUUUGCGGACACCGUUGGCAGUAUCAGGACCAUACCCUGCUCCAUUUGGAAUGGUACCUCACGCUGGCAUGAAUGGAGAAUUAACCAGUCCAGGGGCAGCCUAUGCCAGUCUACACAAUAUAUCACCUCAGAUGAGUGCUGCUGCUGCUGCUGCAGCUGCUGUGGUUGCCUAUGGAAGAUCUCCUAUGGUGGGGUUUGAUCCUCCUUCUCACAUGAGAGUACCUGGAAUCCCUCCAAAUCUAGCAGGAAUUCCUGGGGGAAAACCAGCCUACUCCUUUCACGUUACUGCAGAUGGUCAGAUGCAGCCAGUUCCUUUCCCUCCUGAUGCACUCAUCGGUCCAGGAAUCCCUCGGCAUGCCCGUCAGAUCAAUACUCUGAAUCAUGGGGAAGUUGUAUGUGCAGUUACCAUCAGCAACCCCACGAGACAUGUGUACACGGGUGGGAAGGGGUGUGUCAAAGUCUGGGAUAUUAGCCAGCCUGGCAACAAGAGCCCUGUCUCUCAGCUGGACUGCCUGAACAGAGAUAACUACAUCCGCUCUUGUAAAUUGCUGCCUGAUGGAUGCACCCUAAUAGUUGGUGGGGAAGCCAGCACAUUAUCCAUAUGGGACCUGGCAGCUCCAACUCCUCGUAUAAAAGCAGAGUUGACAUCCUCAGCCCCUGCCUGCUAUGCACUGGCUAUCAGUCCUGAUUCCAAGGUGUGCUUUUCCUGCUGCAGUGAUGGAAAUAUUGCAGUGUGGGAUCUGCACAAUCAGACCCUAGUCAGACAAUUCCAGGGCCACACAGAUGGAGCCAGCUGUAUUGACAUUUCUAAUGAUGGUACCAAGCUCUGGACAGGAGGUUUGGAUAACACUGUCAGAUCCUGGGACUUGAGAGAAGGGAGACAGCUACAACAGCAUGACUUCACAUCACAGAUAUUUUCCCUUGGCUACUGUCCUACUGGCGAAUGGCUAGCUGUGGGAAUGGAGAGCAGCAAUGUAGAAGUGCUACAUGUAAAUAAACCAGACAAAUAUCAACUGCACCUUCAUGAGAGUUGUGUAUUGUCACUCAAGUUUGCUUACUGUGGUAAAUGGUUUGUGAGCACUGGGAAAGAUAAUCUUCUUAACGCAUGGAGAACUCCUUAUGGAGCCAGUAUCUUCCAGUCCAAAGAGUCUUCAUCAGUGCUUAGCUGUGACAUCUCUGUGGAUGAUAAGUACAUAGUCACUGGCUCUGGAGACAAAAAGGCUACAGUCUAUGAAGUUAUCUACUGAAAAAUAUGAUGGGGAUAUAACUUUCAGCAGUUGAACUGGGCCAAAAUUGUUCUUAAUUAUAGAAAUAGAAAGGUUUUGCCUUUUAAAAAGGAACAAAAGGAUUGAGUUUCCAGACCUUGCCAUGAAACUGCUCCAAUAUUUCGAAAUAGAAGGCAACAUCCAGCAACUAAAUAUUGGCUACGAGGACCAAACAGAACACAAAAGCAAGAUGGACAGAUGUAGCCUUAGGUUUUUGACAUAUCUCUUAAAGCCAAGUCUAAUGAAGAGUGUUGGAGCCUUUUAUUUUUUUUUCUUUCUUUGUGACCUCAUGCAAAUUGUUCUCAAUGCCUGAAUAUGGGGGAUAAAUACUUUUCUGUUCCUUGCAGUUCAAGUUGCAUUUUGUCCUGCGUAGAGCAAUUGUGUCACAGAUUAGCUUGUUUACUGAUUUUUCAUCUUGUGAUGUUUUUGUAUUAUUGUUGAAAGUCAAACAUUUGUAUAAAUUGUAAAUAUAUUUAGUUUAUUACAGCAAAGGCUUUAGUACCAAUGAACAGUCUUCCCUCUCUCUCCCACCCUGCCUGCCCUGCUUAUUUAAAAUUAAAAAAACUUUUGGGGAUAUAAGAACCUUUUUAGAAGCAAAAGCAAACACUAUGUAUAGUUUGAAAAUGGUGUCUUAUUCUUUGUAACUCUUCCUAGAUUCCUUUAUCAUACUGCAAAGUAGUUGUUUUGACAUAUUAGGAUAUCAUGUCUAGAAGAUACUGUCUUGUGCUACAGAAAACUUAAAAAGCAAUUUUGUACUAAUUAUAGUGUAAAUACAAAAAAUCAACAUUUCAUAAAGUUGUGCAGUUUAAGUUUGUUCUGAUGUCCUAUGUCUCUGUUCUUCGGCAGAUAGAGUAAUAUGUGCCAGAUCAUAACUGAUUUGGUCAUUUCUCUUGAAGUUACUUCCCUCA